AUGGACUACAGUCAUACCGAGAACACGCUGAAAAUUUUAUGCGAAGCUGGUGUUGUGACCAUCAUACAACUUCGAACACCAAGCAUUCUAACUCUUCCACCGUUACUAGGACAGCAAGAUGGGGAUGCUUCCGUCCAGGAGCUGGCGCUUAGAGCGCACCCCGAGGAGAUCAUAGUCAAUAAUAUCCGCCCCGGCGUUUCCAACGAAAUGAACAGUGCUAGCACUGUGCCUGCUUAG